GGACUUCGGCGUUUGAAGUUUGAACUUUGAAGUUUCUCGUGAUCGCCCAGUCGCUCUGGCCACCCAAAAAAGAAAAAGAAAAGGGAGUUUCAACUUUCAGAUUCGCGACCGCGAGGGUAAAAUUGACCUUGGCUCAAACGAAGGCUGUUUUUAUUGUUUGGAGAGGUGGGUGGGACAUCUCGGUCUUUGUCAGAAUCGCGCACGCCAACAAAAAAACAUCCUUCCAGCUCCUCCGCCGCCCGCGGUGGUCGGCGCCUUGUUCUGAAGAGACGCCAAGCAUUCUGUCAUUCCUAUAAUGACACCAGAACCAUCGGAGGAGUUGGAAAAACGCUCAAGCUCAGGGCAUCAUGUGAGAGGGAAUAGUGAAUAUGUUAGAUUGGUCAUAUCUGAUGAACCAAGGGCUACUGAAGCUGAAACAUUGCAGCCUCAAGCAAAAACAGGAGUCAAAUCUUUUUUAUGGUGGAUCAAAGUCUUGUCAUGGUGCCUUGUGAUUAUUAUACUUGCCAUUGUUCUCGUGAAAUGGGGGCUUCCCUUUGUUUUUGAGAAGAUUCUUUACCCAAUAAUGGAAUGGGAAGCUACUGCCUUUGGCCGUCCAGUUCUUGCCUUGGUACUCAUUGCUUCUCUGGCUUUAUUCCCCGUGUUCUUGAUCCCUUCUGGCCCUUCCAUGUGGCUGGCCGGGAUGAUUUUUGGUUAUGGCCUUGGCUUUGUUAUCAUAAUGGUUGGAACAACGAUUGGGAUGGUCCUUCCUUACUUAGUUGGACUAUUGUUCCGUGACCGCAUUCAUCAAUGGUUAAAGAGAUGGCCUCAGAAUGCUGCACUUAUUAGGCUUGCUGGGGAAGGGAGCUGGUUUGAUCAAUUUCGUGUGGUUGCUGUAUUUAGGAUUUCUCCUUUUCCCUAUACUAUAUUCAACUAUGCAGUAGUGGUGACAGACAUGAGGUUUUGGCCCUACUUACUUGGAUCAAUAACUGGAAUGGUUCCAGAAGCUUUCAUCUACAUCUACAGCGGUCGAUUAAUAAGGACCUUAGCUGAUGCACAGUAUGGGAAGCAUCGCAUGACGACCGUCGAAAUCGUCUACAAUGUUAUUUCAUUCAUAAUUGCAGUAGUUACCAUUGUUGUCUUCACUGUAUAUGCGAAAAGGACUUUGAAUGAACUGAAAAUGGCAGAGGCCGCUGAUCAGGAAGCUGCCUCUUCUUCUGUCUCGGGGAAUGUUGGUUUUGAGAUGGAGAAGCUUCCCCUUGAAAGGCCUAAGCAGCACAGUUCCCAUAUUCCAUGAUGCUGUGGUAUACUGUAUAUUAAUAUCUGUAAAAUUUGGUGCAGUGUCAAAUUAUUAUUGUAAUUUUGUUUUCUUUUCUGCCUAUAAUGCGACCUAUGAUGAUAGAUAACUUGUAAUUACGAAGUGAGAUAGCGAAACAAUGGCUACGAUCUGUUAAUAUUGUAAGCUAAGGAGUAGUUAUGCGAGUUCUCAAUAUGAUUCAUCAAUAAUCACUUCGUCAAAAAAUGUUACCCCGUCA